UUGAAGGCAAAGUCACCAUCAUUUGACAAUUAUACUCAUACACGUUAAACGUGUUAAUGUUGAAUAAUUAAUAAAUAGAGGAAGUCUAUAUCAUGUAUUGACAAACACGAAAAAAGAAGAAACGAAGCUAUAUACUCGUAUAUUUGUAUCAUUGUGUCAACUCCCUAUAUCCCUUGGCCCUAAAAUCCUACAUUAAGGAGGGAAAGUAAUAAAAGAGAGUGAGGAGAAAAAUAAAAUAAAGAGGGAAAGAAAAGGAGGGAAAAAAAAGAGCGGGAAUUGGAAAAGGUUAGAGUAGAACUAUAAAACCACUUUUGUCGUUUCAUUUCAAAACCCUCUUCAUAAACACUCAUAACUUGUCUUCAGCUCAAGCUUGAUCAACAAUGGCGGAUCUCCCAAUUGAAAUUAUCACCCAAAUUCUCUCUCAACUCCCUGUUAAAUCACUUCUUAGCUUCCUAUGCGUCUGCAAAUCCUGGUAUUCCCUAAUCAAAAACCCUAAUUUCAUCAAAUUACACCUCAAUCAAUCCCUAAUUUCCAACUCCAAUCGUCAUCUCCUCCUCCAUUACUCUUCUCUUCAUUCCGCCGAGCUCGAUCUCGAACCUAAUCGGAUCUCUUUCUCGGAGCUCCGCCACCCCCUCAAACCUCGUAAAAUUGUGAUUUUUAUUGGUUCUUGCAACGGCGUCGUUUGCAUUUCCGACGAAUCGGGAAACGACGUCUUCUUGUACAAUCCUCUUACCGGAUCACACCGUAAGCUCCCCUCUAUUCCAACCAUAGACCUUGACAAAGAUUGUUUAGUUUACGGGUUCGGGUAUGACAGCAAGAACGACGAUUACAAGGUUUUGAUGAUGAUUCAAGGGCUUAAAAACCGUAAGAAUUCCAGAAAUGAAGCGAAAGUGUAUAGCCUGAAAGAGAGUUCGUGGAAAUGCGUGAAAAGUAUUCCAUACUAUCUCUAUUAUGCUAAUUGCAAUGGUGUUCUUGUUAAUGAGGCUUUACAUUACAUGGUAAAAAGAAGGAUAUUGGGUUCGAAACUGUGUAAGUUUAUUGCAAGUUUCGAUCUUCGAACCGAGAGUUUCUCGCUUAUGAAAUGCCCCAAAUAUGAUGUUAACCUGAAGACUUAUUGGCUGAUGCGUUUGUAUGAAUUGGGUGGGUGUUUAAGUCUAUUUAUCAAUCAUCAUUCAUGUGAUAUUAAUAAACUUUCUCCUUAUGAGUUACAUGAUCCUAUACUGGAAUCUGCUGAGGUGUGGGUAAUGAAGGAGCAUGGAAGGAAUGAUUCCUGGGCUAAGGUAUACAGUAUUCGCGAGCCUAGGAAGAUGUUGAGUAUGGUACAGCUUAAGCCUCUUGUUUACUCCGACGAGCAAAGAGUGUUGCUAGAGAUUGACGGUAGGAUACUUGGUUGGUAUGAUUUGAAGUCCGAGAAAUUUAAUGAAUACACAAUUCAGGGGAUGUCGUUUGAACCUGUGGGGAUGGAGUAUUUCGUGGGCAGCCUUGUCUCAGUUGAAGAUGAGUCGCGAUUUCAAAGUAGAACCUUAUCAAAGAAGAACAAAAAGAAGUAAACAAAUUUUCUUCUAUGUUGUUUGCAUAUAUAUUUUGUUGUUCAAUGCUGGAUUGUGUUGUUCUGUGACUUGUUUAGUUAAUGUUUGCUAUGCAGGGGAAAUUCCUUAAGAGUUUACUGGUGAUUUUUAAAGUAGCUGCCUAAUGAUCUUAGCUGUGUGAUAGUGUUACUUUCAUAGUAUAUGCUCUUAGU